AUGGAAAUCACUGAUAAGGUCAACACCCCCUGCUGUUCAAGCAGACUAGCCUCUAAACCCUCAGAAAAACCUCUAAGAGACCCCUCCUCCUCACAGGACACUGGAAACUCAAGCCCUACUGAUAAUGUGGUUUUGUCCCACCCUAACUUGACCCCUUACUUUGUCAGUUCCACCCAUGCUUCCGAAAGCCCCACAACUUCUAAGAGUCCAAAGACUGUAAAUUCUCCCUCCCCGACUUUCAGGCUGGAAAAAUUGAUGGUUGUGGAGGAGGAAAGUAGCACAAAAGAGGAGGACGAUAACAACCUGGCGGAAAUGGGGAAAAAGGUGGAGGCCAUGUCUAAUAAUGUGCAGGAUAUCACCAGUAGACUGGAGGCGAUGGGAACCAAAAUGCAUGAUGUUUCUAAAUUCGCGUUGAAUGUGAUGCGAUGUUCGGCUACCACUUUGUGCCUCAUGCAGGAAAGUGCUUCCAAAGAGGUAAACAUUGUUAUGGAUAAAGAUAAUUCAGAGGUUAAAGUAGACAUUGUUGAUAAUGAAAAGAUUUCAGAGGAAUCGGCACAAACAGUUGACUCUCAGGAAGCUAAGAUCCCAACCCAAAUAGAGAAACCGUCAGAGACUGAAAAACCCACUAAAGAUAAAGGUACUUGCACAGGGCCACCAAAGACAGAGAUACCGAUAGUUGAACUUUUAGAGAAACAAGCUGAGGCAGAGGUUAAUGAUCUAUCUGAUAAGUUUGAACGUACAAGCAGAUUUGAACCUAAAAAUGAUGAUAAUGAGGAAAAGUUUGUGAUCAUUGAACUGGAAGCAAAGAAUAAUACAAAAUCGGCAAAUGCAGAACUAGGUUCUCAACCGAUAAGUGAUGACAGUGAGGAAGAAGAUGAAGAACCUGAUGAAGAAGAUAAAGAACCGACAUAG